UAAAAAGGGGAAAGGCAAACCCGAAACACUCGAAAGAAGGAAAUGGAUGACGAAAUUGAGAGGCGACAGAUCCAACACAUUCUAGAGCUCGAUCACGAAGAGUUGCAGGUCGAAGAAGUCGAUAGUCUUCUCGAAUCGUCCGACGAUGAUCCCGAUGCCACAGGCUAUGCUUCGACAGACGACUUCACCUUCAAUACCCAAUUGACUUCCUUACAUUCAUAUCUCGGCGAUGUCGAUGAUACGCAUCACAGAUCUUCAUUUUGGGAAGGUGGUGCUAUAGUGAACCUCCCAUUAUACUAUCUUGAAGGGGUAGUCCUGUUCCCAGAGGCCACACUUCCCCUUAGAGUUAUUGAACCCAACUUUGUAGCUGUGAUUAACAGAGCAAUGACCCAGGUUGAUGCUCCUUACACCAUGGGUGUGGUUCGUGUUUACAGAGACCCUGUGGAUGGACCAGUAAGGCAAGCAAAAAUAGGGACAACUGCAGAGAUUCGUCAAUAUCGUCCCGUAGAGGAUGGUAGUAUUAAUGUAGUUACUCGUGGCCGGCAGCGGUUUCGCUUAAGACGCUGUUGGGUUGAUGCUGAAGGGGCGCCUUGUGGCGAGGUUCAAAUUAUUGAAGAAGAUGUGCCAUUUAGAACUCCUCGCGAUGCAUGUGCAAAGUUGGUGCCAUUGAGUAACCUGCGAAACCAGCAUAUGCUAUCUUUACAUGCUCUAUCACAUGGACGAAGGAAUGAUGAAAAUGAUUCAGAAGCAAAUUCUGAGGAAAGCUUUGAGAAUGAACUUUCUCAAACAGAACGGAGAAUUCAUCAAGCUGCAAUUGGUGCCGGCUAUGAGUCUGAUGGGACGGAUGAGUCAACAAGUAGUGGUGAUGACGGUAAAUUUUCAGACAGCCAAUUAGGAAGUCCAUGUACAAAUGACCCUUCCUCCAUACGUGCAUCAACUUCUGGCCAUACAAAACAAGUUAGAAAUUCUGACUUGGGAAUUGGGACCAAAUCCAUGACUCAUAAAGUGGCAGGACCAAGGUCUCAUCUUUCAAGUACAGUGUCAAGAGCAUUCUGGCCCAUUUGGGUAUAUCAUAUGUAUGACUCAUUUUGUCUUGCUCAGAAGGCAGCAGAUAUGUGGAAACAAGUAGUUGGGACGCCAAGCAUGGAUGGUUUUGUGAAUAAGCCUGAUCUUUUAUCUUUUUAUAUUGCAAGUAAAAUUCCCAUCUCUGACCCUACAAGGCAGGAGCUUCUGGAAAUUGAUGGCAUUUCACAUAGAUUGCGCCGAGAAAUUGAGUUACUUGAAAGACUCGACUGUGUUUGUUGCAAGAUCUGUAAGACUGUUAUUGCUAGGCGCAGUGAUAUGUUGGUGAUGUCUGCUGAUGGUCCUCUGGGUGCUUAUGUCAACUCAUAUGGCUAUGUGCAUGAGGUAAUGACUUUUCGAAAAGCAAAGGGUUUAGCUCUCAGAGGCCGACCGCAUAAAGAGUACAGCUGGUUUCCUGGGUAUGCAUGGACAAUAAUAAACUGCAUGACAUGUGAAACCCAAAUGGGGUGGCUUUUCACCGCAACAAACAAGAAGUUGAAGCCUAAAUCGUUUUGGGGUAUAAGGGGUUGUUCAGUUACGAAUGAAAUGCGAUAAAAUCCAUAUGUUCACGAGUACGUAGUAAAAUUUUCGCCAACUAAUUGGUAACCAUGGACUGUAAGAGCCUAUGUUGUGUAUAUAAUAAUAUAAUUAGGGAGCUAUAUCUUGUAUGGAAUGUAGCCUUGCCUUGCUGGUUGUUAUCCAAACUGGUGUAUUCUUUAGACACUGCCCCUUUGUGAGAUAGAUUUGGAUAGAGUUGCGGGUUGAUCAUCACGGCUUUAUGGUUAAGAGAUCAUUGUAAAUCGCCCGAGCUUGCUGGAUCACAGGUUCGGGGUACUUUAUUCAUUGCUUUGUUAUGGUCAGUUUGGAAAUGCAGAAAUGAGAGAAUUUUCGAA